GAGUAGGAAUUUCCUUUUCCAGUCCGAGGUCGUUGAAUGCAGCAUCUAUUUUAGUACGACGGUACCGUGUACUCGUACGCCGUAAGCCUGGAGAUUCUACCGUUAAUGGUUUCCAUGAUUUACCAUUUACCAUACCGUACUGCCAGAAAUGCCAGAGCCGACCACGCUACUGCACGACUUGUAAAGCCGAAUGCAUUGUAACGAAACCAACCCAAUACCCAAAUACCCAAAUACCCAAUGGCUCCGCCCAGACACUCCACCGUUCCCACCUCAAUCUCCUCUUCCCUCUCUCUCUCUUUUUGCUUGCUACUGCUGCACUCCUCCAUCUUCCCUCCCAUGGCUCCCGACUAGAUUCGGCCACUGGAGAGACUCACCUAUUCCGGGGCUUCACCUCUUUCACUUCGUCUCCUCCCAUUUUCCUCUUCUUCUUUCUCCGGUAUCUUUUCAUCUUUUACCUCCCCCGAUUUACAGCCCACCUCCGCCCCCCCUGAGGCCUCCGACCCAACUCAACUCCAUCUUUCUCUCCCUACGCAUCGGAUUUGGCAUCACCGUCACUCGUUUCUUCGGUCGAUUCGUCUCUACCUAAUCGCAUUCGCUUUCCCCCAAUCGCCCGAGCAGCGAGCUUUGAUAUUCUCAUCCGAACCGCCUGUCUCAGAGCCCCUGGUGCAACGUCGCGAUUCGUGCCGCCUUUUUCUCUUUUCCGCUUAGCGUGCUUGGAGGAUCGCAUUCCUCCUCUCCCUCUUGUUCCCCUCAGGAACUCGUGUUGAACUCGAUUGGCCUUUGCGCUCGUCAAUUCCAACCUCUUCGCCAUGUCAGGAGUGGCUUCUACCCCGGUCGAUGCGACCACCACGGCGGCUACGACCACGGCGGCUUCAUCGGCCGAAGCAACCACGUCUUCUUCUUCCUCUUCUUCCGCUAUCCCAACGACGAGUAGCACCACCAGUGAACACACGACUAGCACAACUAGCGUCCCAUCGACAACUUCCACGUCCACCUCUAGUACUUCCUCGACUACCUCGGUGCCGACAACGAGUUCUACCACGUCGACUACUUCCACAUUAAUUCCUGCUACGACGACUACCACCUCUUCGUCCUCUACAUCCUCGACUACGUCGCCUGCCGAGACCACCGGCUCCUCCUCUUCAACGGUCGUGGUCGUGACGCAGACGCAGACUGAUACCUCGACUACCAACACCGCUUCCUCGACGAUUGCCUCGUCGAGCACGACUACCUCCGCUGGUUUAUCCACGUCGACCGCCGCCGCCAGCAGCGGCCUCUCAUCUGGCGGCAAGAUUGCCGUUGCCGUUGUCGUGCCUGUUGCUUCCGUAGCUUUGAUUAUUCUGGCCGCGCUCUGGUUCUGGCGCAAGCGUAAGGCGAACAAGGCUGCCGAGGAAGAGCGCCGUAAGGAGGUUGAAGAAUAUGGCUUCAACCCCAACAAUGAUCCCACACUUCCUGGUAUGAUGGUUGCCGGUAGCGUUGCGCCCAAGGACGACACUUCUUCCGGAUACCGUGGCUGGGGCACCACCUCCGCCGGUCGCAAGGCCUCCACCAAUCUGUCCAGUGGAAUGGGCAUGGCCAUGUCCGAGGGAAGCGGUGCUUACCACCACGUCGCGACCCCCAGCGAAGGAACUGUCCAAUACUCCGAAGGGACCCGUCCCGAAUCGGGCGAGGUUGAACCCAUUGGCGUGCUGGGCGCCGUUCCCGUUGCAGCCAACACCCGCACCGGCGACAUCCAUCGCGGACCCUCGAAUGCCUCUUCCGCGUACUCGGCUGCCAACCACUCCGAGGCUUCGGAGGAGAGCCACAUGUCGGGGGGCCAUCCGUCGGCGGGCUACUACGGGGAUAACCCGUACUACGGGGAGAUGACCAACCACGGCGCGUAUGGUGGUGAGGAUUAUCAGCCCGUCAUUCGGGAUGUCCAGGCGCGCCGUAACACGCGCAUCGAGAACCCCGGUGUCUACCCGCGAUCCGGCAACGCCGGUAUUGCCCAGAAUUUCUAAAGGGUUGGACAUUCCGGUCCAUUUUCCCGCCCACUUUUUAUCUGUUGCAUACCCUGCUUUCGCCCAUGAUUGUCAUCCCGCGCUUUCUCGUUGCCUUUUGAACAAAAAUUUGUUUGGCAUCUUUCCAUUCGUGCACACUCAUAAAAACCAUCCCCUCGUCAUGAAAAAACCCACCGCCGAUGUCACUCUUUUUGAUCUUAGUUUUCGGGGGCAGCCUACCUGUAACUUUUUGCUGUUUGGUCGGCUCCAGGCGUGCUCCUCUUGUCUCUCUCUCUCUCUUUUGAUUCCCGGCGUGAUGGACAUUCGCUUCGCCAUGUUAUUAUUUGAUCUCUUGCCUUUUUUUUUUUUUUCUCUCUCCAAGACGGGAAAAUAUCUGCUUUCUUCAUCGUUGUCUUUCAUAAUUGACCGAAUCACUCGAUUCCCGUUCAACAUCUUUAUCUUCGAUAUGUCUUUUCUCCUUCUCCUUCUUCUUCUUUCUCCCUUUUGUUACUGCUCCAUCAAGCCCCCAGUUUCGCCGUUGAUCGUUCCUCUUGAUAUAUCCUGGCAUCUUGGUCCUGACCAUCUAUGCGUGCUUGAUUUCCUUUCUGGUGUAUUGGCCUCCGCUCCCCGUUGCAUCAUGUAUAUCCGCAGCGCCGUGGUCUAGAACGUCUGGGCCGUGGAGCGGUGUCUGGUCUGGGGUUUGUUUUUUCUUCCCGUUUUCUCUUGUUCUCCAUGUCUCGUGUCUCGUGUCUCUUUGUUAUUCUCCAAUGGUCCAGUCUAUAGUUUAUGGUGUAGCCAAAUGAAGCAGAGUAUCCAGAUCAACUAUCUAUUCGGGCGAUUUGUCAUGGAUCCCAGUAACCUACCUCAUUGACUGGACAAUUAGGCUAUAUUCCG